AUGAGCAUUAGAAAAUUUUCGACAGAAUUCACACAAAAUAACGAAAAUAACGAAAAUAAAAAGAUAAAAAGAAUUAAACCUAACAUUAAACCUAAAAAAAUUUUACGUAAACUGAAAAAGUUUCCAACCAGGGAAAAAAUAUGGAAUUUGCCAAACAUUCUUACAAUUUCUAGGUUAGCUGUUUCUCCUGUUAUUGGAUAUUUUAUUCUAAAUGAACAUUAUAAGUUUGCAUUAGGUGCUUUUAUGUAUGCUGGAAUUACAGAUUUGUUGGAUGGAUUUAUUGCGAGACAUUAUAAAUUACAAACGAUGGUAGGAACUGUAAUGGAUCCAUUAGCAGAUAAAAUACUAAUGACAAUCAUAACAGUUACUUUAAACAUGAAAGAUUUAAUACCAAGUAAAUAUUUUAAAAAUGUUCGCAACGCUUUAUCUCAAUAUUUUAAAUUAUUUAUAUUGACAGUGUUUAUUAAAGCACCGAUAGCGGCUGUAAUUCUUGGUCGUGAUGGAUGUUUGAUAUUAGCAUCAUUUUACUAUAGAUUUAUUUCACUUCCACCACCGAAAACAAUUAAUAGAUAUUUUGACUUUAGUAUUCCAUCUGCUGAAGUAAAUACAGCAUUGCAAUUAGUACUUAUGGGUGCUACGCUCACGAGUCCACUUCUAGGAAUGACCGAUUCAUCAUAUUUAACAGCAUUGCAGUAUACUGUAGCUGGAACAACAAUUUGGUCCGGAUUUAGUUAUUUACUUUCCAAAGAUGCUAUACGAAUAUUGAAACCAGGAGAUCGUAAGAGAUACAGAUGGUAA